UUGACAGUGGUGACAUUUGUGAUUCAGUUUUUUUCACCACUUCAAUCAAUUUGGGUUGGGUAGUGACUCAGUGCCACAAGUUCGAAACUUAAUUAAUUUCAGCCGGUGAAUAGUCCGCAAAUGAUUAUUCAUCAAGACAUCGCUUAAUAACCUAAAAAAACAAACAAAUCCGCUCAAGUUGUUGUUAUGGCAGACCCCCGCAUAAAAGUCUUGAGAAUAAAAACAGGUGUUGUGAGAAGAAUCGCCAAGGAAAAAGUGACUUACGAAAAAGAAGCCGACCAGCAGCGAAACCGGAUAGAGAAACUGAAAGCAGAAGGUAAAGAUGAGUACGACAUCAAAAAGCAAGAGGAAGUCCUGCAGGAGUCUCUAAUGAUGGUCCCAGACUGCCAACGUCGCCUUGUUUCCGCUUUCGACGAUCUAAAGAAAAUUCUAAGCACCGAAGAAGAUUUAAAAGAAUCCGAAGAAUACCAAGCCGCUUUAAAAGUGCUAGAGGAAGCCAAACCUCAAUUGCCUAAAAGUGACUCUUAG